AUGCCCGGCGAAGUUCGCGCCGACUUGGCUAUCCGGCCGGCUCCUCAGAGCAUCAACGGUAUAAGUGCCAGGCAAGAAGAAGAAAGGCGACACAAGCACUCGCGGUCAUCCUACACAGACGCCUCGCCCCUGACGUCGAGGAACAAUUCCCUGACGUUUCGCCCGGCUAAGCGCUCCAUGCCGACCCCCGGCAAGACGAUUGCCGUUAUCAAUGCAAGUGGCCGUCAAGCGGCGUCGCUGAUUCGCUAUGCCACCGCCGUCGGAUACCACGUCCGCGCCCAAAUGCGCAACCGCCUGGGAGUGAUCGCCACGGAGGUCUCCACGAACCCCAAUGUCACCGUUCUGGAAGGCGAGCUCUACACGCGACAACAGCCUGCCGAGAAGGCACAGGUCGAUUUGACUUCGGACGGUCCUCUGUCGGGCAUCGGUGUCAACUACGACCUGAUCACAGAGCUCUUCCGCGGCUGCCAGCUCGCAUUCAUCAACACCACCUUCUACGGCGACGAGGUCCUCAUCGGCAAAGCCCUCGCGGAUGCAGCCAAGAAGGCGAAAAUACAGCACUAUGUCUAUUCCUCCAUGCCCGACCACGGCGCUUAUCACAAGGAGUGGCCGUCAUUACCGCUGUGGGCGACAAAGCACAAGGUCGAGGAUUAUGUGAAGGAACUCGGGCUGCCGGCGACCUUCCUUUACACUGGAAUUUACAACAACAACUUCACGUCUCUGAAGUACCCCCUGUUCUGCAUGGAUCUGCAGGAGGAUGGAUCGUUCGUCUGGCAGGCGCCGUUCCACCCUGACGUCAAGUUGCCCUGGCUGGAUGCCGACAACGAUGUUGGUCCGGCAGUUCUGCAGAUCUUCAAAGACGGAGUGGGCAAGUGGGGCAACGACCGGCGAAUCGCCCUCGCCUACGAGUCUUUGACACCCAAGGAGGCCUGCGAAGUCUUCGCGAGAGGCGUCGGCCGACCAGUGCGGUAUGUGAUGGGCGACAUCGAGAUCAAGGUGCCCAUUCCCGAGGGUUACAGGACGCAGCUCCAGGCGCUAGAGUCCCUGUUCGGCAUGGGCAAGGACGACCCGAAGAAGCAGCCUCCCUAUUUUGGCGACCAGGGUCUCGAGGACGACUACCCCAAGAUUGCGCUGGAGCUAUGGGAAGGCCCCCGAGGACUCGAGGAGUAUGCGCGAGAGGUUUUCCCGCUCGAGGAGCAGGCGAACGGGAUGACCUGGAUGCUGGAGGACGACGAGGGCGGUCUACCGUCGUCGCAGGCCAGCAAUGGCCACCACCACGAAGAUGGCGAAGCUCACGUGCAGCCUGAGGACGAGGACGACGAAGACGAAGAUGACGAGGACGAGGGUCUGGUCAUGCGCGGCCCCAAGAGAGACGACGAGGACUGGCUCGCCUAG